AUGUCUCUCCUUCCUGGAGCGCGCAAGUUCGUCCCGCCUCCGGCGAGCAGCGCGCCGGCACAUUACGCCCCGGGCGCCGGUAGAGGGGCGACCGCUUUCACCACCAGAGCUGACUUUGGUUAUGCAGCAGCCACGGCAUCCGACCCGUUCGGCAAGCCUCCGCCAGGUUAUGUUCCCGGUAGAGGUCGUGGAGCCACCAGUUUCGCCGGCGGUGUCUCUCGAGACGAUGUAGCCGACGCUUUGGACCGCUCCGUCGUGGGCGGCGAGGACACGGUGAACCUCGAGAACGAACACCUGUUCCAAGACGCAGAGUACGACGAUGAAGAUCGCGAAGCGGACCUCAUAUACGAGUCGAUUGAUAUGCGUAUGGAUGAUCGGCGUCGAUCGCGGCGCGAAUCGCAGAUCAAGGCGGAGGUCAACCGGCAGCGGUCGGAGAAGCCGACGAUUCACCAGCAACUGGCGCCUCUGAAGCGUGAGUUGGAGGCUCUAACGAUGGAGGACUGGGAGUCCAUCCCGUCGAUCGGUGACUAUUCGUUGAAGCGCAAACAGCAGAACAAAAGGCAGCCGCAGUACACGGCGGCUCCGGACUCGCUGCUCUACUCCGCGCGCGCACACAUGCAGAGCGAUACCAGCAUCGGCACGUCAACCCCGCUCGGGUUCGCCACUCCGCUGGGCAUCAUGGGUGGCAGUGCCACUCCCCUGGGGGCCCGAUCCGUCUCGGUGAUGCGGACACCGGCGGGCACGACCAGCUCGCUGAACGACCUGGGUGAGGCCAGGGGCGCCGUUCUCUCCAUCACACUCGACAAGGUCAUGGACAACCUCAGCGGCCAGACGGUGGUCGACCCCAAGGGUUACCUGACAGAUUUGAAUGCCAUGAACAUCAAGAGCGACAGCGACAUUGCAGACAUCAAGAAGGCGCGUACACUGCUAAAGUCGGUCAUCGCCACCAACCCCACCCAUGCACCCGGAUGGAUCGCCGCUGCGCGCAUCGAGGAACUUGCUGGGAAGCUGUCGAGUGCGCGAGAGAUCAUCGCUCAGGCGUGUGAGAAGUGCGGCGACCGCGAGGAUGUAUGGUUAGAGGCUGCGCGCUUGGAGAAGCCGGAGUACGCAAAGGCGGUUUUGGCCAAGGCGGUGCGCAUGGUUCCGAAGUCCGUGAAGAUAUGGGUGGAGGCUGCCAACCGCGAAAGUAACACGAAUGACAAGCGCCGCAUACUCAGAAAGGCACUCGAGUUCGUGCCCAACUCAGUGCGUCUUUGGAAGGACGCAAUAUCGCUCGAAGAUGAAACCAAUGCCUACAUCAUGCUAAAGCGCGCCGUGGAGUGCGUGCCUGACUCCGUUGACCUUUGGCUGGCCCUGGCGAGGCUAUGCCCAUACCAGGAGGCCCAGAAGGUGCUGAACGAGGCGAGGAAGCAGCUGCCCACGAACCCAGAUAUCUGGAUAACGGCUGCUAAACUGGAGGAGUCGAACGGUAACAAGCCUAUGGUUGAGAAGAUCAUCGCACGUGGUCUGGAGAACCUUACCAAGAAGGGUGUCAUACACGUGCGUUCCAACUGGCUGAAGAAUGCCGAAGUGUGCGAAAACAACUCAUUUGUGGCUACCGCCCAGGCCAUUGUAAAGUGCACGAUGACCACGGGUCUCGAUCCCUCAAUGUACCUGGAUUCUUGGCUCCAGGAUGGUGAGCAGUUCGAGGAGAAGGGCUUAUACGGAUGCGCUAGGGCAGUGUAUCGCAGCGCACUGGAUCAAAUGAAGACGAAAAAGUCGCUCUGGCUGGCGCUGGCAGAGUUGGAGACGAAGCAUGGCUCGCCGACUGAUGUCGACGACGUGCUUACACAGGCCACCAAGUACUGCCCCAACUCCGAAAUUCUGUGGCUCAUGUUAGCCAAACACAAGUGGUUGCAAGGCGAUGUUGAGGCUGCGCGUGCCAUUCUAGCUGACGCGCAUUCCAAGAACCAAGAGUCGGAGGCCAUCUCCCUGGCUGCAGUUAAGCUCGAGAGGGAACACGACGAAUUCGACCGAGCGCGUGAGCUGUUGGUGCGCGCGCGGAAGCAGUGUGGUACGCGCAAGAUUUGGAUGCAGAGUGUACAGCUGGAGCGGCAGCUGGGCAAUUAUAGCGUGGCCAUCGACAUGUGUGAGGAGGCGCUGCAGUUGCAUCCCUACUUCGACAAGUUGUGGAUGAUAGCGGGGCAAAUGCGCCUAGAGCUUCCAGAACCCAACUUACUCGAAGCGGUGGGUAUUUUCAAGUGCGGCACCGAAAACUGCCCAUGGAGCACCGCCUUGUGGCUGCUCGCCCUGGAGGCGCUAAUGCGCAACGACGAACAGGCGAAGGCCAGGGCGAUGGUGGACAUGGCCAAAACGAAAAUCAGAUGCAUCCUCGGGCCGCGCCUCAAGCAGUCGGAGAAGGUGGUAACCGUUAACACCAAGCGGUUGUCCCAGACCGAACUCGUGCGCAUCGCCAAGGCGGCUUCCAACCACCCGGAAGGCGAAGUGACGUCACAAGAGGAAGAUCAGGAGCUGGUAGAUGGCCUCGUUGAGACGAUCAUGAAGACAUGCGAUCUGCUAUGGCUGCGCGCUAUCGAUAUAGAACUGGAGUGUGGUAGCGCGACUAAUGCUCAUUUCAUGAUCUCAUCUGCUUUACAAGAGUUCCCGGAGUCAGGUUGUCUCUGGGCUCGGGCCAUUUUCCUCGAGGAGAAGAACGCGCAGAACUCCAAGGCAGUUGAUGCACUGAACCAGUGCCCCAACUCACCGAUAGUUGUGAUGGCAGCCGCUCGAUUGUUCUGGCGGGACAAGAAGACGCUCAAGGCUCGCAAGUGGUUCCAACGUGCGCUCGCACUGGACGACACCAAUGGAAUAGUAUGGGGGACGUUCCUCGCGUUCGAGCUUGAAGGGGGCGACUCUGAGGCCAUCAAGGAGGUGAUCAACGGCUGUGUUAAGGCGGAGCCCAACGCAGGGUACGAGUGGUGCGCAGUUGUGAAGCGCGUUGCGAAUUGGCGUCUACCGUGGCCACACAAACUCUAUCGUUUCGUCGAGGAGUACCAUCACGACAUCCUGUCGAACGCUUUGGAAAAACUGCCGCCGGACAUCAAGUCAGUCCUGAUACCGGGAGAGGCGCCAGUUGAGAAUGAUAGCUAA